AUGGAACAAAAUCUACCUGUUUUACCAAAGAAAGUUUGGAGCUUACUUCGUAUCUUCUACUUCAUGCUACGUAAAGGCAUAUCCAAGAAGAAGCUGUGGCUGGACCUCAACAUGAUGAUGAAACGUGCCAAGAUCCUUGGUAAAACCUUGCAGAACCUCAUGUUCCACCACCACCACCAGUGGGCGGCGUUCGCCACUAACCACCCUUCACACCACCUCUCCUUUCCUUCCCCUCCGUCGAGUGAAAGCGAGUUCAGCUGCACCGCGAGUCCUUCUAAUGAUAACCACAAUUUCUCGCUAUUUCCAGUCCACAAGAAAGAUCACCACCUUAAGAAUCAACAGGUGGAGGAUCUUGACGUGGUGGCAUUCAAUGCGGCGGUGCUCAAGGCCAUGGAGGUGAUUCGUAGUGAGACAGCUUCGCCUGCGCUGCCAGGGUUUGGGAGGAGUCCGAUGGUUAGACAACUUAGAAUAACGGACUCUCCAUUUCCACUGAACGGUGUGGAAGAGGACAACCAGGUCGACGAGGCGGCGGAGCAAUUCAUAAGCAGGUUCUACAACGACUUGCGGCGGCAGAGUAUGAAGGUGCCGUUUGGCUCGUGUUCUCCUAUGAAGUAG